AUGCUCGGGUCAUUGCCCGCUCUAUUCCUCCUCUCUGCGACGACGGCCACAGCCGUCUCUCUUGAUUGCAAGAACGUCGUCGUGAAAGGCCAACACUUUGAUCUCUCAGAGUUGGCUGGCCCGCGUGCUGUUCACCUAAUCGAAGACACGCCUCCGAGUCUUUCCAACACCACCUUUACUAUCGACAUCUGCAACCCGCUCAAGAAAACUAAGAACGUCCCUAAAGAAAAUGAAUGCCCAACUGGCACAUACGUUUGUGGUAUCGAGUACGACUACAAUCUCGCUGACAACUCCAGCACCAUCAGGAAAGUCGUUCCCAUUGCUGGCCAGUAUGCCGCCUCUCACAGUCGAUACUUGGACCCGGAGUGGACGCGUCUGAAGAACUCCGCUUCACAUGAUGACGCCAAUAAGGAGGGUCUGAGGGUCGAAUUACACGGAGGAAGAUAUCCCUUCGAAAAGUCUGACGGUCGCCAGCAGAAGGCUAUCAUCGAGUUUCAAUGCGAUCGCAACAGGACCGGUCUGGAGGGCUCUGAGCAUGAUUCACGGGACAAACUCGAUGAGGAUCAAGAGGCUGCUCGCCUGGCAAUUCGUGCCGAGCCUGACGAUAAGAAGGACGACAAGAAGGACGACAAGGAGGAGCCUGCCGAGGAUGCUAGUCUGAAGCUCAUUAGCUACAGGUCAGAGGGAGAGGGCGAUGCCGAAUUCGAUGUAUUGCGUCUGCAAUGGAAGACGAAGUACGCAUGCGAGGGCAUGACCGAACACAAGCCCUCCUCUGGCAACAACACUAGCAAACACUGGGGCUUUUUCACCUGGUUCCUCAUCAUUGCCUUUUUGGGAGCAGCAGCAUACCUCAUUUUCGGAACUUGGCUUAAUAGCAGCAAGUAUGGCGCGCAAGGCUUCGACUCGGUACCGCAUGCGGAUUUCUGGCGCGAUUUGCCUUACACUGUCAAGGACUGGGGUCGCUCCAUCGUUGGUAUGAUCCAAAAUCGCGGCAGCCGUGGUGGAUACAGUGCGGUUUGA